GGAGACGAUCUGGAGCCUGAAUCCCCUUCCAACUCUCGCAGGUCUAAGGUCUCACAAGAUGGCGGCAGUAACUGAACCGGCCAUACCAACCGAGGCAUCUCCUAUAGUAAUGAUUCAGAGCCCCCAUUUCUCCCAUCUUCGAAGAAAUGCGUAUGAUGUCGACCACAUUUAGGAACGGCGAGGCUGGCUUCCGGAUAUGGUUCAAGGAAUUUAUUGAAUCCCUUCGUGGCAGCUGGCCCCUCCUGAUUGUGACUAAUCGAGGACUAGAAGAAUUUCGGGCGCAACAGAACGGGCCGCAACCGAAUGAGGCUAUGGAUGGAGCUUCGGGGCAGCCAGUGGACGGAGCCACCCUUUCACAACACCGGUCCCGGAGAAGUCCUGAAAGGCCCAAGGAGGUCAAAACUGAUUCUGCGCCUGAGCAGCCGACCACGCGGCUGUGUCCGGCCCGGAGAGUUUUGGCGAAUCUGUUGUCACGCCCCUCGGGGACAUAGGGUCGGGAGUCAAUUGGACAGCCCAGGUAGUCAAUGCCACGUUGUUCCUGUCAGAAACGCUGCAUCCAGGCUGUUAGGAGGCCACCGUGCUGGAGAGGGG